GCGGAUGCAUGUGUCAUGUUUUUUACUGCACUUUGCCCGAGAUUAACUCUUCACCUUUUACGGUCGGGAGGAAGGUGGUAUUGUCAGUCAGCUUGAGAAGGAGGAGGAGUCGACAGAGGAGAGAGUCCGGGAGGAAGGCGCAGAAGGAAAAGGAGUGGCCUUCUGCCGAUAAUCGCCCUCUCUAGCGGAGUAAAGUCUUCUCUCUGUGGCAGCUUACAGUAAGGAAAACACACCAGGCGGUUUGAGAUACAGCACAGCAAGGGAGGAAGAGCAAAAGACUGAGCUGUCUCCAAACCACAUUUUCUCACAGGUUUUAUGUGGGAUUUAUACAGUCAUGGCAUCGGCAGCUCUACCAAAAAGGAUGGUGUCCUCAGUCUUCAUCACGCUGGCUGCUCCUCACCGAGCCACAGUCACACAGCAGCAGCAGCAGCCCGUCCUCCAAGCUCACAGUGGUGCAGUCAGAGACAAGCCGCACACGGCUGUGCGAGUUAGCCCGAGCGACGUCCACGCCGUCAGACACAAGAAAGAGGACGACCAGCAGCCGGAGGGUUAUGGCAGAGUAGACAGCAAAAAGCCACUCUUCACGGGGGCCGCUGCCAGAACGUCAGACUCUCAGAGCCCCAAACCUGCCCAAACCGGAGCCAGCAGAGGAAAGCUGCAAGGAGGCAACAGAGAUGCAGAUUUCUUCCCUGCUCCUCCUCUUCCUCCUCCUGCUGCAGAGCCUUCAUCUCAUGGAACAUUGUUCUCUGAAGAAUCAGCUCUUCCACCACCUCCUCCCGCCCUGAAGCCUCCCCCCCCCCCUCUGAUCCAAAGCCUGCAGCCAGUUCACGACAAAGAGGUGGAAACAAGCACACCAUCUAGUGGGUUAAACCAAGAUGAACAAUCCCACGGGAUCCAUAAAAGUGGCCAAGACACGAGCAGGGAGAGUAGAGAGGUGUGUGGCUUCUGUCGGAAACCCGUGGCUCCUUCUGAACCUGUGAUAGAGGCCUUAAACAGGACGUACCAUGACGGUUGUUUCCAGUGUCGAUCUUGUCACGUUCCCCUGGCUGGUAAACAGUACUACAACAAGGCGGGAAUCCCACUCUGUGAAGACUGCUACCAGGCGAGCCUGGAACUUUGCUGGGCGUGUGGGGAGGUCAUCACAGACCAUGUGAUCCGUGCCCUGGAGCGGGCAUACCACCUUCCUUGUUUCACCUGUGCAACCUGUAAACAGCAAAUUGGGGAUAAAGCUUUUGCUCAAGGAGAAGUUGGAGAAGUUUAUUGCCUCCAUGACUAUUACAGGAAGUAUGCUCCGAAGUGCAACGCCUGCAAACAGCUAAUCAUUCCAAAAGAAGAUGGUACUGACAGCUAUAAUGUUGAAUGCCUGGGACACUCGUACCACGAAAACUGCUACAGGUGUGAGAUCUGUGUUAUCCAGCUUUCCCCUGAACCGAAUGAGCAUGGCUGCUAUCCUUUAAAUGGGAAUCUGCUUUGCAAAUCUUGCCAUCUGAGUGUGGUUUCUGGGCAGCACUGACACUGACCUUACGUCCCGAGAUCAACUGCAACUGAUGGAAAAGUGCCACGAGAGAUGGGGGACUUUGGAUGGGCAAUGUGCACGACUCUGGAAUAACAAUGUCACACAUCUUCCAAUAGAACAAUAAUAACAUAUGGCUUGUUCUUUUCCUUUUUCUUCACAAUAUAUCAUGCUUUUGAUUCUCAUUUUAUUCUUUUAUACUUGAUCAUUUUGCACUCAAUAAACAACCAAAUGCAGCAAAUAUAUUUAUUCAAAAAACAUUGUGAACAUUGUGCGAGCAUUAUUUGAAUUCUUGUAGUCUCAAUCAGUAAACUGUUUUUCAAUCACAUUAACCCUUUAUAUAGAAAACAACCUUUAUGAAAGUAAACUAAUAUAUUUGAUCAUGAGCCAACAUACAGUUUGUUAAAUUACACAAACACUAUUAAUAUGAGUUAAGAUGAGAACGUUGACUACAAACAUUUGAGAUUUAUAAAUAAUGUGUAACAGUAAUAAUGACUAUGAUGGUACUUGAAAAAGCACUCAUUCGGAACCAAAAUUAGAGGCCGCUUUAGAUGUGACAACAUUUGAACACAUAGACUGGAACAGGGGCCUAUAUUGACUAUUUUUGCCUCAAGAAUAGAACGAUUCACAAUGAUUUGAAUUUAAAAGUCUGAGUCAGAUUCUUUCCUUAUUUAUGUUCAGUAGCUCAAAAUGGCUUGUUUGUGUGAUUGUCUUUGUAUAUAAACUUUUAUAAAAAAAAAAA